UCGACCACACGAUCAUGGACCAGUCUCGAGCCAUCAACGCGCUGGCGCCCUUUGUGGCACUGGCCAAAUCCGCCAACUCACCACGAGCAGCCGCCGACCUGGUGCAACAGGCGACAUCAGCACCAAACACCUACGUCUUCGCCGAGCUGCUGCAACAGCCCAACAUUCGCGCUCUGGCCGACAAUGAGCAGUUCGCCCCUACCCUCACGCUCCUCCAGACCUUUGCUUGGGGCACGUGGGAAACAUACAAGUCCACUUCUGGCCUUCCGGCACUCUCUGAUGCUCAAGCGCUGAAGUUGCGCCUGCUCUCACUCCUCAGCUUUGCCGCCGAAAAGGGCAAUGCCUCGACACUCAACUAUGCCUCGCUCUGCUCCCGCCUCGAUCUCUCCUCGACUGUCGACCUGGAGCACCUCGUUACCCAGGCCAUCUACAGCAAUCUCAUUACUGCUACCCUGAACCCAGCCGCUCAGACUGUUGUCAUCACCUCAGUAGCACCCCUCCGAGACAUUGCCCCAGGAAGCAUUCAGACUAUGGUGUCAGAAUUGGCCGCUUGGAGUGGACGUUGCGAUGCCGUGCUCGAACAGCUGGAAGCGGAGAUUCGGAAGGUCAAGGCGGAUGCAGAGAAGCGCGCCAAGAGAGAGUCAAAGGCAGACAAGCAGUUCAAAGCCGUCACCGAACAAGCUGAGAAGGGUGGAAAGAGCGACGGAGGCAUCAUGGGCUCUCGACCAGGCCCCAAUACCCGAGGCGCCAAUAAGCGUGAUCAGGCAGACGAGGACGAAGACUACGAUGAUGCCAUGGACCUCGAUGAUGGCGGCCGUGCAGCUGGAGGCAAAAAGAGGAGUGGUGGUAUAUUGGGAAAGCUGACGGGCAAGGGAUCCAAAUAGUAGGAGGCAUCCUUCGCGUGCUGGACUUUUACCAAUAUCUGAUCACACCACCUCUGCCAAAGUUGCCAGGAAUUAUUCGGAAAGAAGGAACGCUUUAACCUAACAGAUGGCCAUCCGCGGCGCUGGCUGCGAACAUUUCCAUGACGAGACACCCUCCACACACUGCCAGAUUUUGUCGCACACAGGUGUGACAAAUCACCCAACAGGCGGGAAUAUGGCAGACUAUAGGCGCUACCAACUCCUCGAAAGGCUACGAUCCGGCUAUGAGUGCCGACUUCAGCCCUUGGAGCACGCAGGCUGCAGAAGGAGCAAGCCAUGACGGCAGUAUCAAUCACAGCCGCAGACGACAUCACGUAGCAUGAAUGAAUGAUUGUAUGAGAAGACAUACGA